AUGACCUGGGCGAGAAAUUCCCAGAAAAACGAUAUAAAUGGCGAUUCAAAACAGCGCGUUGUUUCUGCGGAAGUGGCACCAAGGACGAGCACCGAGCUCAAGCUCAAGCUCCAGCUCCCCUCCACUUUGUCCUCGUCUUCUCGGGGCUGGGGUCCUAGCUCCCGCCGUGAAAGGUGGUGGGGUGAUGUCUGCAGGAUUGACACUUGGCGGGGUGUGUCAGGCCCCCCAGUGAACCGGGGUUGCCAGGCUUAUUGUGGCACACUCGCCAUGAAUCAGCUGCUUCUGGAUCUGGGCGAGGAGCCGGCCGGGUUCCGCACCGCGUCCGGGUUCACUGCUAGGCUUGCCGGGCCUGUCAUUCAUACCCCUUGCCGGCUAACUGACGACGUCCUUGUUUCGAUAUUCGUCUGGCUCCUCCGGGACAGCAUUGUCAUUACCAACGCCGUUGGUGCAGCUAAUGAUCGGGCCAUCAGUGGACUGGUCGACCAGACAAGCGAAUCGAGGGAAAAGGCUGGUCGUUCUAAGCCGGUUGCACGGGGACACCGGCACUGGUUGCGAUAG